AUGGAUGGCGAAGCUGCAGGUGGAAACGCUCUCAGUGGGCUGGUGGAAGGGACAAUGAGUUUGCUGCCUCAAGGAGGAACAACUUCGAAAGUACUUUUCAAACAAUUGACUUACUGGAAUUGGAUUCAAGGUGCAUACAGCAUCUCGUGGGGAUCAGAAGACAUGGUCCAACGUGGUGGUUUGUUCGAUGAUGAGAGGUUGGCCUUCGACGUAGGAAGCGCAGUAGCCGAGCAGGUCAUUGCGCAGCAAGCCGGGCGAGGUGACCUCCAAGAUGGUAAUGCCCUGGCACCAACUGGAAUUGCUCGGCCGGAAACGCCUUUAAUGGCUUAUGUGGACAGAGCGUCCUUCCCAGGUUUCCUGGAUGAGACCGAGUUCAAAUGUGCCCUGGGGCGGCUGGGGCGGAGUGACUGA